GAAGCAUGAUAUCGCCCAUGGCACUGACACCGCGAGCCAUGCAACGAGCUCUGCACUACCCGCAGAGCGGUGCUGAAUGCAGCGUGCUCAGAAAGUUAACUGACAAUUCCCAAUGCUUUGGGGGCUACCCUAUAUAUCAACAGAAGACGGGUAGUUGACUGGUGUUUUGACACUCUUUCUCAGUCUGAUAAGUGACAGCAAGCAGACAUAGACAUGAUGUUCAAGGCGCUGGCGAUAUCUCUGACUGUGGUGCCUCUGACCCAAGCCUACAUGGGAUCAAAUCCAGCCGCCCGGGGCUUCCAACAACAUGCGGCCACUCGCAACUUGGAUGCUUUACACGAACCUCAUUUUCGACGGAACGUUGGCGGUGUCUUCAUAGCUACAGGUAGCCCUCCGACAUCCGAGCAGACGGCGGCUCAAAGUCUCGAUCCCGUAUACGAGUGUACACCUUACAAUUAUGAGCCUAUCCUGAAACUAGAGCCGUCGUACCCACAGGAAUGGAUGACCGCCACCAUACAGCCAAAUGAUACAGAGGCCAAGGAGGCUUUCGCUCGAAUCAAUGCCACGGUAGCUCAACUGCUCCCGAAUGACCAUAUCCAUCCAUCUUACGGGCAUCUGGGAAAUUGGACUCCAGCAGCCGAGGCUUAUAAUUGGACAGAUCCCGACUGCUGGUGGACUUGGAGUGGAUGUACCAAGCCUAAUCCGGCCUUGGGGAUCCCCGAUGAUCUGAUCAGCGUGCCGGAGCCUAACACCUGGGGUCUUGCGUUUGAUGAUGGCCCGAACUGCAGUCACAACGCUUUUUAUGAUUAUCUGCAAGCCAACGAAUUAAAGGCUACGAUGUUCUAUAUCGGCUCGAACGUCUUCAACUGGCCGUUCCAAGCUAUGCGAGGUCUGGACGAUGGACAUCACAUCUGUUGUCACACUUGGUCACAUCAAUACAUGACUUCUUUCACCAACGAGGAGGUCUUUGCCGAGCUGUGGUACAGUCGAAAGAUAUUGCAAGAUAUCUUGAACAUCACUGUCUCAUGCUGGCGCCCCCCAUACGGAGACGUCGACAACCGGGUCCGAUUAAUUGCGAAAGAGAUGAACCUGACUACUUUCAUGUGGGACCAUGACACUGAGGACUGGAAAGUCAACAUCUCCGGUGUGACACCGCAAGACAUCUACAACAAUUAUCAGAAUGUCAUUGACGGGGCGGGCAACGGGACUUAUGACGAUCACGGUACUAUCACUUUGACCCACGAGCUAACUAACUGGACGAUGUCAACGUUCAUUCAUGAAGCACCGAACAUCAUGCAAGCCUUCAAGCAUGUGGUACCGCUCGCAUCCGCGUUCAAUUGGACUCAUCCAUACAUCGGGAGCGAUAUUACCUACCCAACUUUCGAGGAAUUUGUAUCCAAAGGACAAAGCAGCGCGAAUUCAACUGUCAACACGACAAAAACUGCAUCAGAAUCAUCCGCACCGACCCUGAAGUCGGACAAGUCUCAGACAGGAAGUGCAGGACGAACCGUUGCAAUCGGAGGCUUGUGGAUGAUCGCCAGUUGUCUCGCGGCUCUCGUUGUGUGAUCGAAGACUGACCUCAGAGGUUCCCAAGAAACGAUGAGAAGGACAUUUAUGGUCGCUCCAUACAUAGAAAGUUAU